GCAGUGCAGCUGCGGCCCGAGCUCCCCGCACAUCUCCUUCCGCCAUGGAGAUGCAGCAAAAGAGACCCUCCUCCACCUCCUCAUGUGACGUCACCGGAGCUGGUCCAGUCACGUUACAGCUGAGAAAUAAUUUAAGGAAAAACAAGCCGAGCAGCUCAGCCACCGUGGCCGGUGCGAGCCGGCUCGUACUGCAUGCGGGUGUCUGUUUAUUUUUUUCGUUUUUUAUUUAAAACCAUCGCUUUGAUUUAACUUUUUGUUUUAGCCCCGUGAUAAGCAAAGGAGAUGAGGGGACUCCUACCGUGUUACCGGGGCCUGCGUACUCUGAGUAACCGUCCAGCCGCUGGAAAAGCGGGGCUUGUGGGUUCUCAGUGCGGGCUUAGCGGAACUCAUUCUUAUACCAAGCCACAGCCAAGGUUUGGCCUGUUGUUUGACAUCGAUGGCGUGCUUGUUCGGGGAAGGAUGCCAAUCCCUGCGGCCAAGAAGACGUUUGAGAAGUUGGUCAACUCUCAGGGACAGUUUGUGGUGCCAGUAGUUUUUGUCACAAACGCAGGGAACUGCCUCCGACAAACUAAAGCUGACCAGCUCUCUCACAUCCUGGGAGUGCCUAUUAAUCAAGAGCAAGUCGUCAUGUCCCACAGUCCUUUGAGAAUGCUGAAAAAGUUCCACGACAAAUGUGUUUUGGUGUCCGGACAGGGCCCCGUCCUGGAUAUUGCUACAAAUGUUGGCUUUAAGAAUGUAAUCAGCAUCGACAUGCUGAGGGAGUCGUACCCACUGCUGGACAUGGUGGAUCACAACAGGAGACCCAAACUUCCGACCAACUCUGUAAUCAAUCUUCCUAAAGUUGAAGCUGUAGUUUUGUUUGGGGAGCCUAUUCGAUGGGAAACCAACCUGCAGCUGAUCAUUGACGUCCUGUUGACUCACGGUAACCCCAGUGGCGUACACCAAUCCCAAGUGAUGCCCCACCUCCCCCUUCUGGCCUGUAACAUGGACCUCAUGUGGAUGGCUGAGGCUAAUUCUCCACGGUUUGGCCAUGGAACCUUUCUUGUUUGCCUGGAGAACAUCUUUAAGAAGAUAACAGGGAGGGAGCUGAAGUACGAGGCUCUCAUGGGAAAGCCCAGUGAACUGACCUACCACUUCGCUGAGUCCCUCAUCAGAAGCCAAGCCUUGGAGAGGCAAUGGAAACUUCCCAUCACUACUCUUUAUGCUAUAGGAGAUAACCUGAUGACUGACAUCUACGGCGCCAACCUGUACAAUCGUUACCUGGAAGAGAGAGUCGCAGAGAAGAACCCCAAAGCUGUGGCAAAGAUGGCCGCCGUCACCGGGUCCGCCGCCACGGUGCCGGGGGUGGAGGAGUCCGACAGCCUGUGGGAAAGCGAGCUAGCGCUGCCCUCUGCCACCUCCUGCAAGUCCGUCCUGGUGUGCACGGGCGUGUACAACCACAGCGUCGACGUGCCGUCCGACCCCCACCGCUGCAUCAAAGAGACCGUGUUCCACGGGCACCGGGACUUCCGCUUCGAGCCCGCUCUGGUGGAGCCCGACUACAUCGUUCAGGACGUGGCGGAGGCCGUCGAUCUCAUCUUCGAGCACGAGAAGUUUGCGCCUCAGUAGAGUUUGCGAGGACGACGUGAACCCGGGAGCACGCCACUUAACGCAUUAACGUGUAGGAGCACAACACUGGACAUUAACGGGGCAUUGAGAAAAUAUAUUCAGCAUUCAAACUUAGAACAAACCGUCUGUUAGCGCCAUCCGCUCUUUUACAUGGUUUUUGUGCUAACGUCAACCACCCGUUUGUCAAAGAAUUGCCUUAUUUGACCCUCUAAGUGUUUUUUAGACUUGUUGUAGAUGAUUACAACUCCUGAAGCCAUCCUGUAUUUAUUACAAGUUACCACUGUUUUAUAUUAAGACACAAUUUUCAUUAACCGCGACAGAUUCUUUCUUUAUUUUUUUUGCUCAUCCAUUUAUCCUGGUAAACCUACCUAUGCAUGAAAAACAGAGUAACACCUGUACUGUAACAGCUGUCUGUGCAAUAUUGUCCUGUAGUAGUACUGUCUGUCUGUCCGUCGGUCUGCAUUUUGUGUAGCUGUGAGGCUCAUGGCCAUAUUUGCACAGACUCAGUUUCUUUAUGAAACUUCUGACCGUAUCGCAGUAUUAUUUUGUAUGUUUUCAGAUUUGCUCCUCAGCAGAAAAAGCUUCUAAAAUCCAUCCAUAGUGUUUACCUUCAUCUUCAUUUAUUGUAAAUAUUUUACCUUGAGAAAAAAAAGCAGAAGAAAUCCUUACAACAGUUCAA